AGGCUGGUCUCAAACUCCUGAUCUCAUGAUCUGUCCGCCUCGAUCUCCCAAAGUGCUGGGAUUACAGGUGUGAGCCACUGCGCCCAGCCAAGGGGAGGGUUUUCCAAUUGCUUUUAUGUGGUGGGGAAAACAAAAGGUUGAAGGAGACAUUGGAGGUGAAGGAACAGUUGAUGAUAAGGAACUGGUUAAAGACAUAACCUUGUAUAUCCACACUUAUUCUCAUGCACACGUAAUUUUUAACUGUGAUAGAUAGAGUUUGGCAUUCCAGGUAACAUCGAUAGCACUGCAUCAUGAACUUGCUCUUGUGUUGCUUAGAGAUCUGCAAACAGCCGGCUCAGUUCCAUCUUCAGUCAUUGUGUUGCACAGUGAUACUGAUUGUUGCUGGUCUAAACAUUGCCAUAAACAUGUCUGUUCCCCAAGCUGAAAGGGGAUUUCUGAUUCUAAGGGAACAAACGGUUUUCUGGCUUAAAAGACUUAAGACAUAGUCUCUAUAAUAGUUUUCUUUUAAAAUUUCAGUGGGUUAUGAUGCAUAGGGUUUUUUAAAAAGAGCUAAUGUGCAAUAUAUACAAUAGUCUAUCCUCCUGACCCACUUCUCCCUUCCAGUUCUCCCUAAGGGCAACAAUUGUUAAUCAGUUUUCUGUAUACUCUUCCAGAAAUAAAUGCAGAUGUGGUAUAUGUCCAAUUAAAAAAACCUGAUACAUACUGUUACACCUGUUCAGCAUCUUGGUUUCCAUUUUUAUUUAAAAUUUGGGAUUAUGAAAUAUACCAAAGAAGCAAAGAAAGUGAGCUCCCCAUCCCCUUGCCCCAUGGCCCACCACGCAGGUUAACAGAUGUUAACAUUUUGCAUUGGCGCCUUGUUUAUGGCUGUCUUGGAGGUAGCCCCAUGUCGCCUCCAGCUGCCUCUUUGUGGUAACUGCCCGAGAGUCGUUAUUGAUUAUAUAUGCAUGGACCCAGUAUUCAUUAUUCGACCUGUUCCAGCUCUUGAAUAUUUAGGAAAUUACUGAUUUUCUGCUUAUAUGAUUGUGAUGGAGGUAAUACCUCAUUUUGUAUAAAUUUUGCCCGGGCGGGUGGGCUUCGAGGCAAAGGAGAACGAGGCUUGGCUUUGGGUUAGGUUCAAAUUCCUGCUCCGCCACACUUCUAGUUGUGUGAUCUGGAGUAAGGGAAGGCCCUCACUUUCCCCAUCUAUAAAAAGAACUGGCUAUUAGCAAUCCCUCCGUCUCAUAGCUGCUGAGAAGAACAGAAAACUAAAGUAUAGAGACUUCACUCGGCUUAGUUCCCAGUUUCCCUGGGUUGGGAGGUCUCCGCGGGGACACCCAACUCUCAAGCCCAGCCUAGCAGCUAGAGCGCCCGGUGCCUGCAGUUUUGCUUUAAGCUACAACCUGUUCCCCGCCCCUCUUCCUUCGCCGCCACGCUGGGGGCGGGACGGUUAAAUGUCUCUGUGACGUCAGCGCGAGCGGGGCCAAGCUCCUUGCCCGGCAGACGUUAUUUCGUUUGCAUGGGUAGCCUGCCAUUGGUCUGUUGGGCAAUCUGGGCCGUCCCAGCUUUUUAAAGACGCCGCGUAGUAUAAACAAGGAGAUGUGGGGCGGCCGGGCCAUGAUGUCAGCGCGGUGCUGCAGCUUUUGGGGGUGACGUCAUCUCCGGGAAGGUAGCUGGCCCAGGGUUGUUAGAGCUAGCCUAACCACUUGGGCCGGCUUGAGGCCGCUCUCGCCCCGUCAGAGGUCAGACCCAUUGCACUUCAGUAUCUCAGGCGGCACCCUGUCCCCGAGGAGGGGACCAUGACACAGGUUGUGAGUCCCGGCCCAGCCCCUCCACCCCCCUGCCCCCCUGAUGCGACCAUGGGCUCUGGCAGUGACUAGGUGGCCACCCUCUGCCCCUGUGGGUCAGCGGCGAUUCUCUGCGGGACCCGGCAGCACCCCGGGCCAGCUCUGGGGAAGCAGCCGCUGUCCCGACCUCCACACCUCCCCGUAGAGGAGCGCCGAGCCUCGGCUCCUGCCGGCAGGAGCCCCCGAAUGCUGCACCCAGCCACCCAGCAGAGCCCGUUCAUGGUUGAUCUCCACGAGCAGGUGCACCAGGGACCUGUCCCUCUGUCCUACACAGUCACCACAGUGACGACCCAAGGCUUCCCCUUGCCUACAGGCCAACACAUCCCUGGCUGCAGUGCCCAGCAGCUCCCAGCAUGCUCCGUGAUGUUCAGCGGGCAGCACUACCCCCUCUGCUGCCUCCCGCCCCCGCUUAUCCAGGCGUGCACCAUGCAGCAGCUGCCUGUGCCCUAUCAGGCCUACCCCCACCUCAUCUCCAGUGACCACUACAUCCUGCAUCCCCCCCCACCGGCCCCACCCCCGCAGCCCACCCACAUGGCGCCUCUGGGGCAGUUUGUGUCUCUGCAGCCCCAGCACCCUCGGAUGCCCCUACAGCGGCUCGACAAUGACGUGGACCUGCGUGGGGACCAGCACUCCCUGGGUAGCUUCACCUACUCCACCUCUGCGCCUGGCCCAGCCCUUUCCCCAUCGGUGCCCCUGCACUACCUGCCCCACGACCCGCUGCACCAGGAGCUGUCCUUUGGUGUGCCAUAUUCUCACGUGAUGCCGCGGAGACUGAGCACCCAGAGAUACCGCCUGCAGCAGCCACUGCCCCCGCCGCCCCCACCACCACCCCCACCACCCUACUACCCCAGCUUCCUGCCCUACUUCCUCUCGAUGCUGCCAAUGUCACCAACAGCAGUGGGGCCCACCAUCAGCCUAGAUCUGGACGUGGAUGACGUGGAGAUGGAGAACUAUGAGGCCCUCCUGAACCUGGCCGAGCGGCUGGGAGAUGCCAAGCCCCGCGGCCUCGCCAAAGCAGACAUAGAGCAGCUCCCGUCAUACCGCUUUAACCCGGACAGCCAUCAGUCAGAGCAGACGCUGUGUGUGGUCUGCUUCAGUGACUUCGAGACGCGGCAGCUGCUCCGAGUCCUGCCCUGCAACCAUGAGUUCCACACCAAAUGUGUUGACAAGUGGCUGAAGGCCAACCGGACGUGUCCCAUCUGCCGGGCCGACGCCUCCGAGGUGCCCAGGGAGGCUGAGUGAGGCCACACAGCCGCCCGGGAGAACCCUGCGUGAAGCUCUGGAAACUUGGGGGUAGGGCCCAGGGAGGACGGGGAGGGAGUGGCCCAGGCCUGCCCCAUCGCUCCUGCCUGUAUCUCCAGAGCUGGUGCCAGGGUCAGCCCGGCAAGGAGUCCCUGCAAUAAGCCCCUGCAUUUGCCAAGCUCCAAAGACUCCCUCCCUAGACUGCCUGCCGGUCCGCCCGCCACGGAGCUGCCUGAGUGUCCCUAAUCUGGUCUCCCUCCUGUGCGCCCUCGGGUCCUUCCUUUUCCUGCUGGCACUGAGAGCCAGGGGUCCGCUCCCCCGCUGGGGCUGGUGGAGAUCCUUGGCCUCAGGAUGGGCAGACAGCACCAUCCUGGGUCAGAAGGUCUCGUGCUCUGAAAUGGUGUGCCCUCUGCCCAGGUGGCACUGCCAGGUGCAUAGACUGAUGGUGUCACGAGGCCAUUUCCUGAGCCCCAGGGCUGAAUCCUCCCUCCUUGACCCCAAACAGUGAACUCAGGCAGCCGGCUCUGUGUUGGCUGCUGUGAGGGCUGAGUCUGGCUCCCUAGGGGACCCUCAUCCCAGGCACAACAUUCCAGCCCUACCCUCAGGCUGGAGAGUGUCCCAGCCUAGCCCCGAGCUGGGGCACACGUAUCCUGAGGGGCCUGGGCCAUACGGGGAGAGGGAGUCCUGUGUUCCCCGUGGCCGUCCCUCCCGGGGAUGCAGCCAGACCCGUGCCCAGUCUCCUCUCCCUCUGUUGUUUUGCAUGAACGUGAGGAGCAGCAGUUUUUGUUUAUUCAUUUGGCCCAAAAUCGCGUGUAGGAUUUGGGGAUGUGGAUAUUUAAGACAAUUUAUGUUUUCUUUUGGUUUAAUAGGGGCGGGUAUAGGGACCAACUGGGACCGAGUGCCCAGGGGGCCGAGCACGGUGGUGCUGGCCAGUCUGCAUGCAUGCGUGUGCCAGGCCGGGCUGGGCUGGGCAGCCGGCGGUCGUGGGGCAGGGUUGGGGGUCUGUGCUCAGCUGAUAACUGCCAUGCACUGUACUGCACACGUCCCUAGAGCCUACCGGGACCCGACGCUUUUCAGGGCAUUUCUCCCUCCAGCCGGGGCCCAUCUCCCACCUGCCUGGGCGAGUCUCCUCCAAGGAAGUCCCAGGAGAAUGGGGACCAGGAAGGCCAUGGACCCCCAUCUCCAGGGGGCCCUCCCAACCUGUUCCCUGUCCUCCAAGCUCUGGAGGAGGCCGCUGUAGGGUCUGGCUGAGCUUCCCACCCUCUUUCCCUGGUCCUAAUCCUUUCUUGUCCUACACCCAGCUGGGGUUGCUGCCCUGAACGAACUGCGUGUGGGGCCGGCACAUCCUAGCAGGCAGCCCCUGGCGCCUGCUGCCUCAGGGAUGCUCCAACCACCCUCGUUCUCCCGGCAGCGGCCCUGGCUCCCACCUCCCGCCCCAGCCUGCCGUGGGGCCCGUCAGCCUGGUCCCACCCCCAUGGAGAACCCAAAGUCUUACUGUAUAUAACUCCAGGUGACGUUUCUAUAUUUAUAGCAGUGUUGAAAACCCACGUGUUUUACACAGAACCACCCUCUCCAACCCCUCCCUUCCCGACCCCAACAAAAGGUUUUCAAACCCCUUACGGUUCCUGGGGCAGGCGGAAACAGGCUCGCAGACCGUGUGUCGGCUGCAGCAGUGAUUCCAACAAGCAGCUGUUGGGGAACACAGCAUUUAAAAAAUCAUCAUUAAAACCAAGAUUUAUACAACAAUUACUUAGGAUGUUUGUGAUUUGCCGACCUUGCUAUAGAUGCCAUGUUACCAAUGAUUUCCUGUGGUGGGGGCUUGCCAUUGUUUACUUUUAUUUACCAACUUCUGGCCUAGGCAUGACAGUGGGCACCUUCCCCCAGCCCUGGCUGGGCCCAGCGCCUGUGUUCUGUGUUAGAAAGGUUUUAUAUAUAUAUUAAAUUACAUAUAUAUAUAGAAAUAUAUGUAAUUUUGGGGGCCCUGUUCCUUGCACAUUUUACAGUUACCUCAUUUUUCCCAUGUAUGUAUUUGAGAAAAUGCUAAUAUAUAGAGAAAAAAAUGGUUCUUAAAGCUUAAAUGUGUGGUUUUUUCCAUUCCAUGGGAUUCACAUUGGUUUGUAGCAUUUAACAUAACUAGUAUGUUGUAUUAUAUAUAUGUGUAUACUGAUUGAAAUUUUUAACAGAUUUGUACUUUUUUUAAAAUGAAAGUUGCUAGUUCUGCUUGACCAAGUAGUGCAAUCAUUAUUUUUUUUAAUAUUGUUGCUGAUUUCAGAGGGAUAUUCACUAAUAAAUGUAUGAUGUAUACCAACGACCGCC